UUUUAGAUCUAAAAAAAUAUACCAAUCGAAGACAAGAGCUUAGCAACACGCGAUCCAGCUAGCAAUCAACAGAAAAACAAGCAUUGUGUGUCGCUGGCUUUAUCUCUUUAUAACAGGUUUCGCGACUUCGUGAAAUAUGGAUUAAAAAAAAGACUCGUGGCAAAAUAUUACCUCGAGAAAAUAUUACUAUAAAAUAAAAUAAAAUACGAAUUUGUAUUGCAUUGCACAAAUGUAGUGUAAAUGAGUUGGGUUGUUGUUUCUGCUGACUCUUAAAUAUUUAAUUAUAAUUAUCUGAUUAACUCACAAAACUUAAAAUACAAACGAUUUAAAAUAAUUCUUUAAACCGAUAUACUUUUCGGGUCAAAUACGAAAGUACAUACGAAUUUCUACAUCAUAUUAGGUAGGAGCGAACUAAGACAUCGGUGGAAACUAGACUCAUUGAAACCGGUCUAUGAACGCUGGCCAUAGAAACAAAUAGAAAUCAUCAGACUCAGUUUCAAAAUAAAUCAUGAUCAUGGCCAAUUUCGAGCAUCUUUCUAUUUAAAUAAACUUCAUGAUCUGUUUCCAGAAAAAAAAUUGCAGUAUCAUUUAAAAAAUUUUAAUGCUUCUAUAAUCAUUUAAAUGUGGCCAAUGAGAUUAGAUCUGAUGCAAUCGUAUCACUCAUACUUGAGGGAAGUUAACUGACAAUGUUAUUUCAUUAAUUACUAUAUAACAUUCCAAAAAAAACAAAUCUAUCGUGAUGUCGUGCGUGUUAUCUUUUUACUCUUGAAAAGUAUCACGCUGUUGACUUGAUUUUUAACUUUUAUAAAGAAACUUAUGUUGAUGUAGAUUGAAAAAAAAUAUUUUUACAAUGAAUGAAUUAAGUAAUUUAUCGCCAAAUAUUGAUUUGGAUGAUCCAAAAUUUCGUAUUAAACCAUAUCAACAAGUCGUGGCUUCUUGUACUGGUGCAUUCAUCACUUCAGUAUUUGUGACACCAUUGGAUGUAGUUAAAAUACGUCUUCAAACACAGCAGAAAGCAAUGCUUUCAAAUAAAUGUUUUUUAUAUUGCAAUGGUUUAAUGGAUCAUUUGUGUCCUUGUACCAAUGGUAAAAUGCCAGAAUGGAUGAGAAGAAAUGGAAAAUUUAAUGGAACAAUUGAUGCUUUAUUAAAAAUAAGUAAAACGGAAGGUAUAUUAUCAUUAUGGAGUGGCUUGAGUCCUACUCUUGUUCUGGCUGUACCUGCAACCAUUGUAUAUUUUGUUUCAUAUGAACAGUUAAGAUUAUAUCUUAAGGAUGCAUAUAACAGAGAAUAUAAAAGAAAGGGAGCUAACAUGGAACAACCCUUUUGGAUUCCCGUAUUAGCUGGUGGUACAGCACGAAUCUGGGCUGCAACAAUGGUGAGUCCAUUGGAGUUGAUAAGAACAAAAAUGCAAUCACAGAAACUAAGUUAUGCAGAAAUAACACAAGCAUUGAAAACAGUUGUGAGAUAUAGUGGGAUUUCUGGUUUAUGGAUGGGAUUAGGUUCAACACUUCUUCGUGAUGUUCCUUUUAGCGCGAUAUAUUGGUUAAAUUAUGAAACUAUAAAGAAAUUAUAUCACUCCCAACAAACUUUUGCUUUUAAUUUGGCAGCAGGAGCAAUAGCUGGCUCCAUAGCAGCAUUUGUCACUAUUCCAUUUGAUGUAGUAAAAACGCAUAGACAAAUAGAAAUGGGCGAAAAAGAAAUUUAUUCUGAUAAACCUAUUCGCAGUAGUACUACCUGGACCAUAAUACAAAGAAUUUAUCAUCAAAAUGGAUUAAAAGGUUUAUUCACAGGAUUAAUACCACGUUUAGUAAAAGUAGCCCCAGCUUGUGCAAUUAUGAUAGCGACUUUCGAACAUGGCAAACGUUUCUUUCAGUCAUACAAUGCUAGAAAAGUUAUUGAAUUUGACGUACAUUUAUUGCAACAUAAAUCUAAUAGUACAGAAUGAUAUAUUUACUGUAGAUAAAUGUACAGAACUAUAAUAAAAAAUUUAAAAUGUU